AGUUUUUAUCAGUCACUUCAGCAGAUGCACUUCACGGGCAAAAUAUUAGAUUAUUUUCGACUUUUGUUUCGUUCUGCUAAGUUGAUACCGUCUUCCAUUUUUGCAUUUCCAUUUUGCAUUUUUGUGCACCAUUUUGCAAUUUCAAAAGCAGUGCCCUCGUAAACAGUUAACAUUUUGUAGGCGAAUAUUUGUCUAAUAUGUUACAACAACCACCGUGCAAAACAGUUCCAUUGGCAAUAUUAAGUAACGACAUCUCAGAAAGCUCCGAAGAAGACGAAAAUUCCCCGCUAAUGGAAGACGACAUAACAACCAGAGGACUUGGCCGUCUCAGUUCAGCAGCUACUUGUCUUGUGGCAGGAGUUGAAUACACGCAUGGACAGCAGAUAUACAGAGCGGAUCAAUGCGAGUUCUGCCUUUGCCUGGACGGCGAAAUGUUUUGUUGGUGGCAGGAUUGUCCACCUCCUUUGGAGGGUCCCUGCAAAAGUCAAGAACCAUUCUCGGCUUGCACGAGUAUUCCUGUAGCAGCGACGUCAAAGCCCAAAAUAACACCGCUGCAGCCGCCAACAACAACAGCAAAUCCUACAACAAAGAAAUUGAACAAUCCAAAAAAGUCUUCCAGUUCGACGACAAUUCAAACAACGACGACCCAGUGGCCAACUGAUACACAUGAAUCUUCCAGCAUCCAUAGCGAUUCCUAUUCCAUAUCAUCAACUGAAGAAAAUGGGUCUUCGGACAUACAACUCAGUACCGAAAGUGAAAGUACUACAGAGGAUGCGAAAAGCUGUAUCGUUAUGGGUGAAGAAUACAAAGUUGGCGACAGUUUGCCUCACAGCACAGGAAAUUGCCUGGAGUGUAUUUGCGGCCAGGGGGGCAAAAUCACAUGUUCCCCCCAUCAGUGCGAACCAGCAGGCGAUGAAAUUAACGAUUAUCGCCAACCAGACUCCCGACAAGGCAACGAUGGUUUUAAAUAAAUUCUGAACUGGGCGAAUGAUUUAUCAAUGAUGUGUAAGAACCGAAUAUACUGGAUGUAAAAAAUGGCAAAUUACUAAGCGAUGAAAGACACCGAUUAGCUGUGCAAUUAAUAUGCAUUUUCCUUUCAAAGCUGCACAGCUCGUAACGGUGUUUCUAAUAAUUGUGAUCAUUAAGCUCUUUCAAAUUUUCCAUUUUGGACGUAUUUAAAUUCACUACGUGGAAGCAGAUAUUUAGUCACCAGAUUCUUCAUCAGGAAUUGAUUUGGGGCAUGAUGACUUGGUCUGACUGAUCAAAAUGUUUUUUAUAUCUACAAAAUCUUACUUGAUUAUUGGCCUGGCCUGAAAUGCAUUCAUUUAAACUUCCGUAUGUUUAAAGUGAUCAAAAAUUACCUACAGUAUUGCGAAUAAAAAGUUUGUUUUACUUUUCCAUACCAAUUAGUCGAAUUCAUCAUUUGAUGUUGCAUUUUGUAUUACAUAAUUGUUGGUAACACCAUUCAAAUAGAUGUCUGCAAAUUUUAAA